GUACCAAAUAACUCGAAACCGUAAACGCGUUUUUAGACUUCGUGUUCGAUGCCGCCGAAAUCGGUCAAUACAGUGUCAACACCUGCAACGCGGGCAUCAUCACGUCUGAAAACAUCAGUAACGGCCCCUGAUGUCCCAUCGACAACUCGUACCACUAGAGCAGCCGCGGCAGCCUUGGGUACCUCUCGAACAUCCGCCACUCUUACCGCGUCAGAGGCACAAAAUCCUGGUCUGAAGAGGCUGAAGCCUCUGGGAAUAAGGGGAAUAAAUUCGAAGAAAACUAAAGAAAAGGAUAAUGAUCUAGCUGAGACUACUGAGCAGAGUCCGGCUGCUGUUCUCGCCGCCACAAGGAAAGCACUACGGCCAGUGUCGACAGGGAUCCAAGAAGAAAGAGAAGCCAUGAAGGCCUACCUCCGAGUGCGACCAGAUCUCGAUGAGGAUCCAGCAAGAACACCUUACCUCAAGUUAAUCUCCAAGGCCAAAGUGCAGCUUUCACCACCCUCCUCUUCAUCAGUAUCCUUCCUCAAGUCAUCGAUAUCGAGGCUUAGAGCACCGGCUUCAAGCAGUCGUACUCAGACGUUCUCAUUUACUAGAGUAUUUGAGCCCUCGACAACUCAGAGUGACUUCUUUCAGAAGACCACCCUCCCAUUGGUCAAGGACUUGCUAAACAUGGAGAAUGGCCUUGUUUUCGCGUACGGCGUGACCAACUCAGGGAAGACAUAUACGAUUCAAGGAAAACAUGAUGGCGAGAAUCCUGGCAUCCUCCCUCGUGCAAUUGAUGUGGUAUUUAAUAGUAUUGGAGCAAACCAGGAAGAGGAUGGUAUGGGCGAGGCGGGUACUUCACAGCAUGACGCCACGCUCGUGCAGUCCUUGUUAACAGAGGAGGACCAAGGAUUAUGGAAAGAGCGGGACGAAACUGUACUGCCCAUCGAUGAUGGCUGUGCCUAUGCGGUCUACAUAUCUUACGCCGAGAUUUAUAACAACCAAAUAUUCGACCUUCUAAGCCAGGCUUCCUCCAUCCCACAAUCAAGUAGCGCUCCAGAUAUUUCUCAUUCCUCUUCCGCUCCAUCUCUGAACACAUCCAAAAAAGGCUCAACUCUCAUCCCAACCCUCUCCAGUCUCAACCCCUUUUCCUGGCUUGGCUCCAACUCUUCCUCCUUGCGCUCUGGCGCCUCAAGCUCCAGCACCACCCUCGCUGUACAGAACACUGGAACUACGACCGUUAGCCGUCAAGCCCUCAGUGUAAGGAUCAAUCCUGUCAAUGGAACAAAGUAUAUUGCGUCACUGAAAGAAGUCCGUGUGAGAAGUGCCAAUGAGGCGAAGGAAGCUGUGCGGAUGGGGAUGCUGGGGCGGAGGGUGUUUGGGACAAUAGCGAAUCGGGAAAGCUCGAGGAGUCAUGCAAUUCUGGGAAUUAGAAUUGAAAGGCGGAAAAAAGAUGAUCGGAGUGGGGUCGUGGAGACUGCGAAGAUGUCGAUUGUUGACCUCGCCGGGUCUGAGCGGAAUAAAAAUACGCAGGCUACAGGCGACCGAAUGGAUGAGGCGAAUAAAAUCAACAACUCGCUUAUGGCACUCGGCCAGUGCAUGAGAACUCUGCGAUGUAAUCAGAUGAAGCUGGUCAAGGCAAAAGCUUCGGGUUCGACCAGACCUGUUCGACUGGAAGUCCCAAUGUAUCGAACCUCCAAGCUCACCGAACUCUUCCAAGAAUUCUUUGAAGGACGUGGGAGAGCGGUGAUGAUUGUGAACGUCAAUCCGUUUGACACUGGGUAUCACGAGAAUGCGACAGUGAUGGAGUUCGCAGCCCUUGCUAGCGAGGUGUCGACAAACACGACGAAGUUGCCUCUGACGACUCUGAGGCCAACUCAGAUACCCGUUGCUGCCGACUCCACGGCCGCGCGGAAGGAGUCGCUGAUACCACAGAGACUGAGUCGACAAGUCCGAGUUUCGCUUGCAGCUCCCGGGGGAGGUGCCCCUGUCGAACGGGUAAUUGAAGUCGUCGAAGAAGCAGAAGAGAAAGAUCCCGAGGAAGAGGAAGAGGAUGAUGAAGAGGAUGACCCUGACUCUCUCGUCAGCAUCUUGCUUCGACAAUUAGAGGAAAUGCGUGAAAGAUGGUACGAGGCUGAGAUUCGAUGUGCGAUGGUUGAGGCGGAGACGAGGGAGAGCGUCAUGCAGGAGAUGGAAGAACGUAUGCAGCUAAUGGAGCGCAAGUAUGCUGCACGUCUUCGUCGCGAGAUCGAGGAGAACGAGCUCAAGAUGGACCGAAAGAUUGAGAUGUUAUCGCGAACAGGUGUAUUUGGUGAACAGGGAUCUGACGAGGAAACGGAAGAGGAAGAUAUCCGUGACGUUGAAGUUAGUCUUCUUAUGGACACACAAGAAAGUACACCGAGCCCAACGCCGCCCGCCAGAAUCAAUAAGAGUCAGAAAGGGUCGAAACGGGAACAUAAAGCAAAGUCCAAGACGCCAACGCAUCCUAACGAAUUCCCAAAUCCGUCUCCUCUCGUGUCGGAGGACGAGGCCGCUGACACCGAUGGCUGCGCUGAUAUCGACUCCAACGCCAGCGAUGAUGAUUACGUUCCCACGUCCAGGGCCCGGUCCUUAAAGAAAGGAAGCCGACGCCGCUCAGGGGCUUCGGCAACGUCUGAGUCUUCAGCCCGUAGCACAGCCCUUGACAAGCAACAAGAUAGCUCAUUUGAUGUAGACGAUACCAGGAGAACUCCUGGGGGUCAUACACAGAAGAAUCGUGUGGCGAGCACCUCUCAGGGACGUCGGAGAGCAUCGACGAAGGAAGUCAAAGUUCCGGCCUUUUUGACGCCUGAUGACUCGAUGGAUGGCCCACUCAUCAUUCAAAACCCAAAGGCACGCAUUGAAGCUCGAACGGAGCUUGGACCCAGUGGGCAGUACGUCCCUGAUGUUGGUGAGCCAGGGACCGUGAAGAAGAAGAAAAGACAUUUAGGGGUCAGGGGAAAAAUCCUCAACGAGGACGAUAUAUUACAAGUGACGGCGAAAGCUGUGUCUGUCGCCACUGGGAGUCAAGGGGGAAUGGUACGGAGACUUGCAAGUGAUACGAGGAAGUCAUGAAUUUCAAGUUGAAAUUCAGCGUCCAUGGUUGAUUAAUGACAUCUGUCACUGUUGCCGCACCAUACAUGCAUCUCUUUUGAUUCGAACCGUGGAGUCAGAGUCGGUAAAAAAUAAAACAGAAAUGACAAGGACGACCAAA